GGUGCAUGCCAGAGGUCCGGAGAGGGGAGGGGAACCGUCUAGUUUCCGGUUUUGGGCUGGAAUUGACACACAAUGAGGAGUCGGGAGCAGCCGCUCAAAAGCCUUCUGUAAAUAAACAGGACCUUCAUCAGGCCGGUGAACUAUGGAGAAUCAGUGCACGGUUCAGGUAAAGCUUGAGCUGGGUCACAGGGCCCAGCUGAGGAAGAAGGUGACGUCAGAGGGCUUCACCCACGACUGGAUGGUGUUUGUGCGAGGCCCUGAGAACAGUGACAUUCAGCACUUUGUGGAUAAAGUCGUCUUCCGGCUGCACGAGAGCUUUCCUAAACCCAAGAGAGUGUGUAAGGAGCCACUAUACAAGGUUGAGGAGUCGGGUUAUGCUGGUUUUCUGAUGCCCAUAGAGGUCUACUUCAAAAACAAGGAGGAGCCAAAGAAGGUGUGCUUCAAUUACGACCUCUUCCUUAACCUGGAGGGAAACCCACCUGUCAAUCACCUGCGCUGUGAGAAACUGACCUUCAAUAACCCCACUCGUGACUUCCGCCGCAAGCUAGUCAAGGCUGGAGGGAUCAUGGUUGUCCCAGAGGGGGCAGAGGUGGUCCCCAGACCCAGCCCGGAUUACCCCAUGCUUCCAACCAUCCCACUCUCUGCCUUUUCUGACCCUAAGAAGAUCAAGACUUCACAAGGAUCAAAGGAGCCUAGUAAAGAGGGAAGCAAAGUGUCCAAAUCCCACAAAAUGACCAAGGAGCAUCGAGAGCGGCCACGAAAAGACUCUGAGAGCAAAGCCACAUCCAAAGUGGACGUUGAACGGGACGGCAGCAGCAAAAGUGGCCGUGACCCUUCCUCAUCUUCAUCCUCCAAGAAAACAGAGAUCAAAGUGAAAGACGAGAACAAAGUUGUGCCCAAAGUUGCUUUCAAGGAGCCCAAACUCACACUGAAGGAGUCCAAAAUGGAAGGCAUGUCUCCUAAAGGAGGUGGGGCGGGGUCAGCGGGCGGUGGAGGGGGAGGGGGAGCAGCCGAUGGAAAAGCACCCAGCAAACGACCUUCCAAUGUGGAGUCACCCAAACCCAGUGUCAAGAAGCCAAAGAAGGGGGGGUCAGAGGGGUCAAAAGGCUCCAGCAGUGGGGGGCUCACCGGCACCUCCCCCCGAACCGCGUCUUCCUCCACGGCCUCCUCGGGAUAUGCUGAUAAGAAGGCCUCUAAAGAGAAGGGCCGCUGGGCCAAGAGCAAGUCAGAUGCCCAGGAGAUCAAGGAGUCCAAGAAGCCUCCAGAAUCCGAUGACUCCAACUCAGAUGAUGAGGCCUCGUCUAAGUCUGAGCCGUCAGCACCUUCCAGCCCGUCUAACUCCAGCUCCAGCUCAGAGUCCAGCUCCGACUCAGACUUCGAGCCACAGCAGAAACAAGGCCAAGGCCCGUUGCGCUCCAUGGUGGAGGACCUCCAGUCUGAGGAGUCUGAUGAUGACGAUAGCAGCUCAGACGCAGAGACGCCAGUCAAGAACAACCUGCCCAGUCGAGACUCCAGGCUGAGCUUAGACAGUGAGAGUGACUGCAGUGACGGGCCGCAGCGUCCCAGUCGAGACCCACCACCCCAGCCACCGAAACACAGCACCACCACCAACAACAACAACAACAAGGUGUCAGGCAGAAAGAGUCCAGAGCCUUGUUUACGACAAGAAAAGGUCCUGAAGAAGGGAUACGACAAGGUAGGAAGGGCAUACACUGAAGAGCUGGUAGACCUUCAUCGCAGGCUGAUGGCGUUAAGAGAGCGCAACGUUCUACAGCAGAUCGUGAACCUCAUCGAGGAGACCGGCCACUUUAAUGUCACCAACACAACUUUUGACUUUGACCUUUUCUCGUUGGAUGAGUCAACUGUCCGUAAACUACAGAGCUACCUGGAGGCCACCGCCACAUGACAGGAAGUCCAUCAAGACUGGGGGGAGGGGGGAGAGCUGCCCUUUUUUCACUUCUUUUGUCCUGAGAGAGGGCAGCAAAAGGUGAAAAUCUGUUCACAGGAAAUGAAAACCAUGGGAAAUCUUGAAAAGGAGUGAAACGUACAGUAUUUUGAGGAGGAAGUGCAGCUAUGUAUCGACACUACAACACUUCUUCUCUUCUUAACGGGGCCAGAACUGCUAGAGGGUCAUAUUCGAAUCAGCUGGACGGAAAGAAAAAAGUCUCCCUGUAGCCAUACGCACUGAUGCAUCAAGGGUUGCAACCUUUUAUAUUUUAUUUUUGUACCAAUGUUUUUCAAGGUAUUUUUGAUUGUGGUCGGAAAAGGAAGCCCCACACACGCCAUGAAUGUAUCGCUUUCUAUUCUCUAGGGCUAGUCUUAGUGCCUUUUUCACAACCAUCUCAUUUGUGCUCUUAGGAAUUACAGCAGUGUUAUCUUUCACUCCGACUUUAGUCAAUCCUUCUGUAUGUGUGGGAUCCCUGGAUAUCGUCCCGGCGAGAUUCCCAUUUCUACGCCAGUAUGUAUCAAUCCUCAUUUAUGUGUUCGCCAGACGGGCCUUAGAACUUAAAUGUCGUGCAUUGCUAGUGCAGCUUGUGAAAGUAUUUGGAAAUCUGUGUUGAUCUCUGUGUUUUCUGUCAUCAUAUCUGGUUUAUUCAUUAGACUAAACGGGAGAGACAAAAGAAAAGGACGAGACGAGCUGUUUUGAUCUCAUGUGGCCCCUAAACAGCAGUCUGUAGAUUCACUGUGCUUCUGACUCGGACUCUCUCAGAGCGACUAUAUCUCGACUUCACUGACUUCACCUCUGUGUUCAUUGUUAUGCUAAUAGCUUUAAGAGGCUCCGUGGCCUGAGCUGCAGACCACAUGCCCUUAACUUCACCCUGCGAGAGUCUGGGAGUGCCGUUUGCACGGGUUUUCAAUCUCCAGCCGAUUCGUCUGAAUCUUAACGAACAAAACCUUUUAUGACUUUGUACUGAUUUAGCAUAUUUGUGCAGUUUUCAGCGAGAGAAUGCUUGAGUGUCAUGUGCGUGAACUUUUGACUCCCAGUUCUUGGUGUGUGAACUUUAACCUUUGACCGGAUACUGGUUCAGGUCAGCCUGUCAUAAAGGAAAAGGGGGCGGAGUCCGGUGAACUUGAGUGGCAGCUCUGAAAAGAGCACACCCGGUUGUUGUUGCUGUUUUUGUUUUUUUUUUAUAUUAUUUGAGGGGGUUAUUUUUUUAUUUAUGUACCUCUGCACUUUUGGCUUUGUUGACUCAAGUACUUAAUUGUCGAAAUUGUAUUUUUAAUAGUUUUAUACAAAAUUUACAUGCAAUAUGAUAUUAAUUUGUCAAUUAUUGUGUCAAGAAAUGCCAGUUUGUAAGGAAUUUUAGUUUUUUUAAUUUUUUUUUUUUUACUCUGUUAUCAGCACAUUAUAUCAUCUUAGACCGUAAACGUUACCAUCAGAACUUGAAAAUGUUACUUCAGGCCAAUUUAUGAGUUCAUGGCAGGGCGUGUUUGUAUAUCAGAGUUCAAUUUCUACAAGUUGACAUCUAGCAUCUGUUUUGUUGUAGCCUCAUUAUUAUACACUACAAGGGGAGGACUGCAGAUUUUUGAAAUGAACAAGUAGUUGUUAAUAUAUUUCAUUUAAACUGUGCUGAAAAUCCGGUUUGCUUGUCUUAGAGUGGUUUUGGGCACCUGUCACACGGUUAAACAAGCUAACACCAGUUUUGUUUUUGUUUUUUAGCAGAAAAGUGGAGAACCUCUGUGUUUUGUACUUGGGAUGCAGCAAAGUAACACUAAUAGAGGGGCAAAUAUUUCAGACAGUCCUUUUACACUGAUACACAUGUAUAGUAGACAGCGGGCGUCUUAUUUACUUGAGUCUGAUGAAAAGUUAAUCGACGGUUAAUAAUGCAUAAAAGGCUCAGAGAGCUGUCUUUUGUCAGUUAAGUUGUUGUUUUAUUUGUGUUUGUGAGCGCGGAAGAACUUGCUGUAAUUUUUCCGUGUGGUUUGGGGAGGUCUGUGUUUUUACAUAUGUUCUGAUAACGCGGUAGAAAACCUCCCGUGAUCUGAACAGAUAUGAGUAACCUUUAGUAUGACGUGUUAAACUUGGCAUACAAUGCCACCAUGUGGCCAUUUGGUGCAAGUUGUCAUGAGGGCAAAAGAUGCUACUUUUUAUGUUUUUAUUGCAAGAUGAUAUUAUGAAUAAAGUCAAUUGAGUACUGUU